AUGGGAUUGCCAAGUUGUUACUUGUAUGCUGUGCAAUGCCUUAUCUUUCUGUUGCUCUUUCUGUUGCUCAAUGCUUCCCAAUGUGCUUCAUUUGUGCAGACAAUUGGUCAUGCAGAUGAGUGUUCUGCCUUGAUCCAGUUCAACCAAAGCUUUACAACAAGCAAGUCUGCAUCUUUAGAUCCUUUCGCUUAUCCGAAGGUUGCAUCAUGGACGCAAGAAGGGGCGAGGAGCAAUUGCUGCUCAUGGGAUGGUGUGGAGUGCAAUGAGGACACUGGCCAUGUUAUUGGCCUCAACCUCAACAGCAGCUGCCUCUAUGGUUCUCUCAACUCCAGCAGCAGCCUUUUCCAGCUUGUUCACUUGCAAAGGCUAGACCUUUCGGAUAAUCACUUCAACUUCUCAGAAAUACCUUCAAGAUUAGGCCAUGAUCUUACCAGUCUAACAUUUCUGAACCUUUCUCAGUCUUCAUUUUCUGGCCAAAUUCCAUCAGAAAUUUCAUACCUUUCCAAGCUGUCUACUCUUGAUCUUUCUGCUACUAGCUAUUUGGAUCUGACAUUUGAUUAUGAUCAUUUUUCAUCUUACAAGAUUUUGGAACUGACACAUGCCAACCUCAGAAGUAUAGUUCAAAAUCUAACCAACAUAAAAGAACUUCAUCUUAAUAAGGUACACAUACCCUCCACUCUACCCGGUAUCUUUGCAAAUGCAACUUCUCUCAAAUCUCUCUAUCUUCAAAGCUGUGGUUUGUCUGGAGAAUUUCCAGUAGGCAUUUUUCAGCUACCAAACUUGGAAGUUCUUGAUUUGACAUAUAACGAAGACUUAACCGGUUUCUUUCCUGAAUUUAACAAGACUAGUCCCUUCAAGAAACUGAAUGUUGCAAGGACAAAUUUCUCUGGUCAUAUACCUGCUUCAAUUGGAGACCUAAGCUCCUUAGAGUACUUGAACCUUGCAUUGUGUAAUUUUUAUCCUUAUGUUCCAUCUUCACUCGGAAACCUUACACAGCUCAGUUACCUUAGCCUUUCUUUCUUUUUCUAUCACAGUUAUACUUACUUCGAUGUUUCAAGAAACAGUUUCAGUGGCCAAAUUUCUGAGUCCUGGUCUUGGGUUGGAAAGUUAACCAAACUCUACCACUUGAGCCUUGCCUAUACCUACUUAGAAGGAGAGUUCCCGAGUUUUGUUGCUAACCUGACUCAGAUUCAAGAGUUAGACUUGGCCUAUAACCAAAUCACAGGUGAAAUCCCAUCUUGGCUUGUCAACCUGACCAAACUAACUGCUCCAUACUUCCCAUUCAACAAUCUGCAAGGAGCAAUUCCAAGGUCAUUUUUCCAGCUUACAAACCUUCAGUAUAUCGACUUGUCCUCGAAUAACUUGAGUGGAACUGUUGCGUUGGAAGAAUUUUUCAAGCUCAAAAUGUUAACAGUGCUGCGACUUUCGUUCAGCAAAUUAUCUGUGCACAUCAAAACUGGUUUGGCUGCUACUUCUCCAAAGUUUGUUGCUCUAGCAUUGGGGUCAUGCAACUUAACAGAGUUUCCAGAUUUUUUACAUGAUAAUAGUAAAUUGGUGGAGCUAGACCUUUCUGAUAACAACAUUCAUGGCCAAAUACCAAGAUGGCUGUGGAACUCAACUGGUGAAUCUCUGUGGUAUUUGAACCUCUCUCACAACUCUCUGACAGGAUUUGAGCAAAAUCCUGUCAAUCUUCCAUGGAAGAAUCUGCAUCUUUUAGAGCUUGGAUCCAACAGGUUACAAGGGCCAUUGCUGAUUCCCCCACUGUCGGUUGAAUUUUAUUCUGUGCCAAACAAUGGUUAUACUGGAGGGAUUUCAGCAUCUUUUUGCAACUUGAAAGAUCUGUUUAUUCUUGAUUUUUCCAACAACAACCUAAGUGGCAUGCUUCCACAAUGUUUAGGGAACUCUACUGCAUUCGAAAUUCUGAAGCUCCGCAACAAUUCUUUUCAUGGUGAUAUUCCUGAUCAAAUGUGUCCAACCGGAAACAGUUCACUAAAGAUGGUUGAUAUGAGUUAUAAUCAGCUACAGGGUAAGCUACCAAGAUCAAUGGCAAAAUGCACUCGGUUAGAGUUUCUUGAUUUCGGAAACAAUCACAUUAGUGACAGCUUCCCAUCAUGGUUAGGAGAACUUCCUGUACUAAGGGUAUUCAUUCUGGGGACUAAUGGAUUUCAUGGCACUAUUGGCAAACCUGCAACUAACCAUGAAUUCCCAAACCUUUGCGUUAUUGACCUAUCCAACAAUGGUUUCUCAAGUUCGUUGCCUUCUGAUUACUUAGAGAGCUGGAAUUGCAUGAAAAAAUCUGUUGAUGAAGUGAAGACAUAUUUUCAAGACACCAUAAUGGUCGCCACAUACACAAUUCACCAGUAUGAUUACUCAAUGACCAUUUUCGGCAAAGGUGUAGAGUUGAAGUAUUUGAAGACACCUUAUCUUCUCUGGUUUAUAGAUUUCUCAAGUAAUAGAUUUGAAGGCGCCAUUCCUGGUGCUAUUGGGAAUCUCACAGGGCUUCAUUUGCUUAAUCUUUCCAACAACACUCUCAAUGGUCACAUCCCCUCAUCUUUGGGGAAAUUGUCUGCUCUUGAAUCCUUGGAUCUCUCUCAAAAUCAACUCUCAGGAGAGAUCCCCGGCAAUUUAGCCGAACUCACUUUCCUUGCAUACUUCAAUGUAUCCCAAAAUCACCUUUCAGGCCCUAUCCCACAUGGACAACAAUUUGGUACAUUCCAAGAGGAACUGUACGAAGGAAACUCAGGUUUGUGUGGAGAGCCUUUGUUAAAGAAAUGUGAAGGUUCUGAUAGCUCAAUGCAGCCACCUUCGAUGACCGAAGAAGACGAUGAAUCUGGGAUUCAGGUUGAAUUAGAUUGGUUUGUGGUUCUGCCGGGAGUUGUAAGUGGGCUAGUAGUUGGAGUGGUUGCUGGAAACACUUUGGGAAACAAGAAACAUGAAUGGUUUGCAAAGACGUUUGACUAUAGGAGGAGGUCUCAAGUGAGGUGGCAGCCGAUACGGAUGACAAUUAGAGGCAGACGUAGGAUUGAAAGUACGAACGAGUCGUUCUAG